UGCACACUGGAACGUGAAUUUCGCUGCAUGGAGCUUGCUGAACUCAUGACACAAAAUGCCACGAGCUUAGCUAUCAAAUACGCCUCUCGCUCACGGAGGCUGAUUCUUGCCCAGAAGCUCAGUGAAUUUGCUGCGGAGAAGGUCUCAGAGCCGGCAUCUACUGAAGAGUACGCCGAGCAAGAAGAGGAAGAAGAAGAGAAGCAGCAGCCGCCGGAUUUUAGAAACCACCUGAAUGCUGGGUAUAGUAAUAGCCCCACAGAGUGGAGUCGUGCCCGAGAGAGAAACAUUCAACGCCAGCAAAAUAUGGAGACCUGUGAAGAGGAUGAGUCGAAAGUGAACACCGCUAAUGAGGCAAAAUCUAGCUCUCCCACGCUGCAUGGACAUGCAUCUAUUUCGAAGUCUGCUGUCCUUGCAUCUAGCAACUCAAUAAGAGCAAAUCCUUUUAAGGUAUCCAGUAGCCAAAAAGAUGCAUUUAUUCACUCACCCAAUAUUCUGGAUAACCUGAUCAGGCUGCCUAAGAAAAAUCCCACGAUGAAUGGUCAAGGAGCUCCAAACAAGAAGAGUCCAAUUAUCAAACCGUUGAUGCCCAAGCCCAAGUCAAAGCAGUCUGCAGCAACUGCCUUUUUCCAACCCCGAGCACUUACUACUGAAAAGAAAGUCAGAGAAGAGAGAGAGGACAAAAAUGACACGGUAGCCCCUGAACUUCAAAGUGUGACUGACAACAAAGACAAUAAAAGGCCAAAGACUGGAUUCCAGAUAUGGCUAGAAGAGAACAGAAGCAGUAUUUUAUCAGAUAAUCCCCAUUUUGAAGAAACAGAAAUAAUAAAAGAAGGCAUGGUUCGAUACAGAAUUCUCUCUGCUGAGGAAAGGAUGGUGUGGACUGAGAAAGCCAAAGGAAGAGAAACCAGUGAUCCAUCUGAAGGUAAAAAGCGAAAGCGCCCAGAGGAUGUUAACAAUAAAAAGCAAGAAAGCCAAGAACAAAACUCAGAAGAGGAUGUGGGCUCUGCUAAAAAAUCCAAAUCAUUUAAUCAGUCUACCUUUGCAAAACUGUCAACAUUUGCAUAUAAGCAGAAGUAAACAAAUAUUUUACUUGUCAACAUUAGCCUGUAGUAUUAAAACAUUUCCAACAGAUGGAUAAAGACUGUUCCCCUAAGGAAAUGUGCGUCUGUUUUGAACAUUCAAGAAAAGGAAGUUUGUGGAAACAUGGCAAUGAAGAUACGCAGAAUACCUUGAUUUAGGAGUGGAGGUUCAGCAUACUCUGAAGCAAGCUGACGCGUUAUGAAACUGUGAAAUAUUCUGUUGCUGUGCAAGUACAUCCUUGAUGGCUGUAUAGCUUAGCUAUAUUGUGUUAGCUAUAUUUGCCUUUAUAUGUCUCAAGGUGUUACCAUUGUAACCAUUGGAUGGGUUCCAACUGAUGUACAUUUGUGACCUGAAGCCAGAUAUUCUCUAAAUUGCUCCUUUGGGUAGCGCAUGCAAGUAGUGCUUUAUAGGGCAUUAAAGCAGAAGAGGGCAGGAUGGAGCAAGGAGAGAAGGAAAUAUGAGCAAGGAGAGAAACUGUAUGCUACCUUGACACCAAGUUGUGAUUCCAGGUUGUUUUCUCCAUUCCCUCCGUACCCACCAUAUAACAAGGAUUGUUAAUUUUUGUGCCUCAUUGUCAACUGAACUUUAUAAUGGAGCCAGCUCAUUAUUCCCUUGCCAUUCAAGUUAAAUCCUCCAAUGGUUUGUGUCAUUCAACUUCCAUUCUAGAAAAAUCCAUAAAGAAUAGGUUUUAGUUACCUGGGUUCAGAUUCCUGCCAGACUGAUAUCUGCCAUAUAAUUCAUAUUUCACUCCCAGGCAGCAUUGUAUUCUGGAAGCUAAAUCAAAACCCAGUUUGGGGAAGGAUCCUAGUCCCUGGGCAUUAAAGGGUAUCCUUUAGUUCUGUGUAGUCAACAGAAAAAAACCCAGGCUCAGACUAUUAUGCCAUUGUUCUCCAGAUUUUAACAA